AUGAAUGAGUUAUUGAAGUCAUUCCUACGCAAAUUUGUGACUGUCUUUUUCGACGACAUUCUGGUCUUCAGUCCGACAUUUGAUGAUCAUCUCAAGCACCUCGCCUGUGUGUUUGACAGUCUUACUGAGGGACAAUUUUUCCUUAAAGAAUCUAAGUGCUCGUUUGCACAGCAACAACUUGAGUACUUGGGCCAUAUCAUCUCAGCCAAAGGAGUAGCACCAAACCUUGCCAAUAUAAAGGAAAUGGUGGAAUGGCCAGUUCCCACCACCACCAAUUCUUUAGGUGGGUUUCUCGGCCUAACUAGGUUCUAUCAGAAGUUUAUCAAGGGGUACGCCUCCAUUGCCACACCAUUGACAAACUUGCUUCAAAAGGAUAAUUUCCACUAG